CUGCGAUUUACGCGCUGGCGUCUUCACUCAAAAUCCCCACAUGUUUCGGCCUUCGACAGAGCCUACACGGCUACACAUGCCCGUGUUGGCUUUGGGGUUUCCCGACUGAAUGUGUCAAGUGUCAACGUGACACCAACCUUAUCGGAAGCACCUGGCUGUGCACGCCUCAGCGUCCAAGAAGGCUACACGCUGCCACUGCCAAUCUGCCAUGGCAUUGCAGCUCGCUGCCCAAGCGCUCUCCGCGAUCCUCCUGUCCGGCGCCCAGCCGAGCAGCAGACGCGCGACACCGCCCGGAAACGGCCAACGGAGUCGGAGACCGCCAGCCACCGGCAGGCGGCGGCUGGCGGCGUCGCUCCUCGCGUCCCAGCUGCUGCUGCUGCCCGCGGCGGCGACCAGCGUCGCCGGCGCGUUCGAGUUCGACCUGAGGAUCACUGUGCCGGAGCAGUCCGGCGAGGAGGCCGAGGCCGUCGUGAAGCUCCACGCGAGGAACCUGGUGCGCGUCAAGGGGCUCAUCGACGCCAGGUCGUGGAGGGAGCUGCAGGCGGCGCUCCGGUCCAGCGCCGCCAACCUCAAGCAGGACCUCUACGCCAUCAUCCAGGCGAGCCCGGCGAGCCGGCGGCCGGAGCUCCGGCGGCUCUACUCCGACCUCUUCAACAGCGUCACCAGCCUAGAUUAUGCGGCCAGGGACAAGGAUGAGCUCCGAGUUCAGGAAUACUACAGCAACAUGAUCACAAGCCUCGACGAGAUUUUUUCCAAGAUCAUGUAGCAGCUGUCGAUUUUUAGCUCGUCUAGGAUGAAUAGAGAGAGAGAGAGAGAGAGAGAGAGAGAGAUGAAUUAGAUAAAGCUAGACUCUUGGAUUGCAUUUUACACACAGGGAACAGCAAAAUGUUAACGGGCAAAAAGGCCUUUUUUUUC